AAGAGGCCAAAGUCUGGUUUAUUUAACUCCAGGUCAAUAACUUUUCCAGCCGGACUCUGGCUGCCAAGGAAGAUGGGCGAUUUGAAUCCACGCAGUGUCCUGGUGACAGGAUCUAAUCGGGGCAUCGGCCUGGAGCUGGUGAAGCAGCUGGUGGGGAAGAGCAACCCACCAGAAUGGAUCUUUGCCACUUGCCGGGACCCAGAGGGACCACGUGCAAAGGACUUGAAGAACCUGGCUGCCCAACACCAGCCCCGAGUACAGAUCAUCCAACUUGAUGUUUCUGAUCCAUCCAGCAUCAAAGCUGCUGCAGCCAUGAUUACAGAAUGUCUAAAUGGAGCUGGGUUGAAUCUGUUGGUCAACAAUGCUGGGGUAGUAAAGGAAUCCAAUCUGGAAUCAGAGACACCAGAACAAAUGUUAGAGGUGUACAAUACCAAUGUGAUUGGUCCCACAAUGAUGAGUCAGGUGUUCUUACCCUUGCUGAAGAAGGCAUCCCAGGAAUGUACCCUGAAAGGAAUGAGCUGCAGCAAAGCUGCAAUUGUGAAUAUGUCCAGUGACUGCGGCUCCAUUGCCAAUGUCCUGGCAUGGGAUAUUGGACAAAUCCCCAGCUAUCGCUGCAGCAAGGCUGCUUUAAACAUGCUCACUCGAUGUCAGUCCCUGCAAUAUGCUGAAGACAAGAUCCUGUGCAUUGCAUUGCACCCGGGAUGGCUGCAGACAGAUAUGGGAAACGCAGCAAUAAUGGCCCCAACAACAGUUGAGGAUGGUGUACAAGAGAUUCUUAAAAGACUUGCCCAACUUUCUGAGAAAGAAACUGGCACUUUUGUGAACUGGGAUGGAAAAACUCUUCCCUGGUAAUCUAUCAACUUUCAGUGAAUCUGCCUUUUAAGAGAAAGCCCUGAAGCGGGGCAAGGAGAUUGGCUACAAUAAAUGAGUUUUGAUGUGUAAUUUUCCUCUUAAAAAUCUUACAGCUCCAUUUUCCUUCCUUCCAACUGUUGCUCUGGCUAGGUAGGGCUGGACUUUGCUUGUUUUUUAAACUGGGCAGUGGUGGGAUUUCUGCAGGAAGGUGCAGGAGGGCCACCAGCAGGGCAACCCAAGCAAAAGGAUGAGCAAGGAGGACACCAGUGAGGUUGGGGAAGGGUGAAAGAGUCAUCUCCACUCGCACCCAUUCUCCAUCCUGAACACAUGUUUUAAACAGUGGGCAGUAGAAGAGACUCUGCAGAUAAUGGCUUGAACGUAGAACAAGAAAUAGUGGGAGUCCCAGGAAAAGGCUGCUGUGAUUUUUAGGUUUCUUUUUCACACCCUCAGAAUAUGUCAGACUAGCCUUUUAUCAUAAAUCAGAAGUUGCUACAGACUUUCUCUCGCCACCGUUUAACUGUACACACAAAACAGCUGGGAGGAAAGAAAUUCAACCUUUAAGAUUUGUUUCAUUCAGUAACAAACCCUUUUCCAGAAUUGUUGCAACAUCGUUGCCAAAAAAAGAUCCAAACUGAUUAUAGCAUUUCCAGCAGUUUUUAGAAUAGGAAUGAUUUAUUUUGGCAAUCAGAACUGGAAAAAUAUAACUGUGGCAAAACAUCUUGUAACAGUUUAAGUGCAGCAUCCACCGUAAAUGUAAUAUUUGUCUUCCACUGAUAUUCCCAUUGUUGUAUAUCAUUUGUCCUGUUUAAAUCUUACAUCUGUUUGAUCAUACAGUUGUUAAGCUGUUUGGUUUCCGAAUUGUACUUCAGUAACAACUUGUAAGUAAGUUGCAACAAAUGUUCUGGGGUUUGGGUUGUAAGUUUUUCAAAUUCAGUCAAGAAUCUGAGUAUUCUACCUUGGUUUUGUAAUCUCUUUCAAACUGUGGUACUUAAAGAUAUCAAAACCAGCGAGGUGGUUCUGGCCAUUUCAAGGAAAGAAUCUCAAAAGAUUUCAUUUUUGUUUUAUUAAAAAUGGAGUAUUGUGAUCUACAUGAACUGUUAUUACUCCACUGAUUUUUUUUGUAUAUUCACCUUCAUGAAAAUAAAUAUCUAAUGUUGCCGCAAA